AGUCACUACUUUAUAUGUAAUUGGAAAAUGGCUCUGACGAUUAUCGAGUGGGUGAAGUAGAAAGUUAUGGUUAAACCCUAAAUUUUUUUGACUCGUGUCUCUCCCGCUUCAUCUUCUCCAGUUAUGGCUAUUGUACCCAACAAUUGCAAUCGCAAUCGCACCAUCUCGUUCCGACAUUCCCCAGUUUUGAAGGCUCGCCCGGACAAACCAGUUUCUUCGUCUUGUAGUAAUACUACAAGAACAUCGAGUCUCAGACAAGAAUUUCACGCCAGUUGCAAAGGGUUUCUUAGAUUCAAAUUGUGGGUUCGUGCUUCAGUGUCAUUAAAAAAGAAAGCAGCAAGAUGUCUUAGAGAUGAUCAUAAAGAUUCACAAUCUCAACAAGUUGUUCAAGAUGAUGAUAGGAUUGAGGAACAUUCUUCUUCUACUAAUAGGGGUUUUAAAAAUGGCAACAAUUUCUUAGUAUCAUCAAUAGAUAAGAAGAAGCUUGCUGAGAUUUCUGUAUAUGGUGAACCUUUCCUACCACUCAAAGAGGAGGAAGUAGCUCAAGUUGAGAGUGCCUUCUCUGGGAUAAAUAGAAUGAAGAUCUUGGUUUCACAUAAAAAAUCCAAUAUUGAUAUCUCUGGAGAAACUUUACAAUGCCUAAUGCCGAAUCAAUGGCUUAACGACGAAGUCAUUAAUCUCUAUCUCGAGUUGCUGAAAGAGAGAGAAACUAGAGAUCCCCAAAAGUACUUGUUCAAGUGUCAUUUCUUCAAUACCUUCUUUUACAUUAAGCUCGUAAGCGGCUCCCGUUACAAUUACGAAGCUGUCAGUAAAUGGACUACCAAGAGAAAGCUAGGAUAUGCCCUCAUUGACUGUGACAUAAUAUUUGUUCCAAUCCACAUAGGUAUACAUUGGUCCCUGGCAGUGAUUAACAAUAGGGAGCGCAAGUUCGUGUAUCUUGAUUCAUUAGUUAAUGAAGUUGAUCCUACAAUUUUGAAUGCUCUGGCAAAGUACUUGGUGGAUGAAGCAAAAGAAAAGAGUAAAAAGAAUAUUGACGUUAGUUCAUGGGACAUGGAAUACGUUAAAGAAUGUCCUCAGCAACUGAAUGGGGACGACUGUGGGAUGUUUAUGCUUAAAUACAUUGAUUUUUACAGUAGAGGAUUGAGUCUACAAUUUAGCCAGAAAGACAUGCCAUACUUCAGGAUGGAGGAAUUAAGCCAAAUCUUGAAGAACAAUAGGACCGAUGAUCUCACUUGGUUUUGCUCUCUCUCAGAAUCUGAACUGGAUUUGCUCAUCAGCUUAAAGCAGCUAGUCAUUCAACGCGCCAAAAUAAGCGGUCUCCAAGAUUUAGUAGCUGACAAAUUUGAUCUUAAGAUGCUCCUAGCUCUCGGGCUUGUGCUAAUGGAGUAUGUAAGAAAAAGGGUAGAAGAUGAUACUUCUCUUGACCCAAGUGUUGUUCAACAACUUAGCCUUUUGGAUAGUUGUAACUUGUUGAAAACGAAUGUAGAUGAUACUGUAGACAUUGAGGAGAUUCUUACUGAAAUCUGCAACAAGAAUUCAAAAAAGAAAACACGGAAAAGGAGUCGAGGGUGUGGGAAAGAAGAGAAAGAGAGUGGGUGUAACGGUGACGGACGGAUUCAAGGUGGCAUUGCAACUGUCCCUGGUUUCGGUUGGUGGCCCAUUAAGGCUUACAGGCCUUGUCCCGCGUUUGUGGAGGCCGGAGGUAGAUACCGCCGCAUAGGACAGAGCAUGGACGAGGUUGCAUUUGGUCGUGGUGACUCUAAAUCCUUCACUUCUAUAGACACCGGUGAUUCACUACUAAGGUUUCUUUGUCGGCGAGAGAUGACAUCAAUGGAGGAAGUAGCGAGAGAAGAAGUAGAGAUCGACAAGGAUCUGCAGAGGAAAAUAGAGAAGACGGUGAAGAAGAUCUUGGAAAGUUCGAACUUGUACAAGAUAACAGAGAUCAAGGCGCGAGAAGAAGCUUCACUUGAAUUGGAUCUUGAUCUCUCUCAAGAUCCUUACAAGGUCAUCGUGAAAGAAGUUGUUGAAAGUUUCCUCGAAGAAGCCGUAAAGGUAAUCGGCAAUAGAAUUGCGAUGCUUCCGCAGAGGAUAGAGUCGAUGCUCAGGGAGAUGCUGACGAUGGAAGGGUUAAAGCCCACUAAGGGAAUCUUGGCCCAAGCCCACUUCAAAGCCAAUGCGGAGGAGAGGCAGAACGAGCGGUUUGGAGAGGAGGCAAGAGGAACCGACAUGAACUCGAUUCCGGCAUAGCUCGUUUAGUUUGGUAUAUUACGAGUGGCUUCGUUUUUUUUUUGUCGUACGGCAUUAAAUGUAAAACGCAAAA